UGACUCUGUGUUCGAUUAUGUAAGGCACCAGUACACGCUAGGAUGGAGAAGCCAGUAGUCUCACUACAGGAGCAAGCGUUAAAAAGAAAAGAGCGAUUAAAAGCUCUAAGAGACAAACAACUUCAGGGGGGCAGAGACACCCAGGAUGUGGAGCCGGAGAGGAAAAGAGUGCUGGAGGCCCCAGAUUUGGAGACAGAGGAGGACAGACACAGAGAGCUAAAGCUGAGGAACUACACCCCAGAGGAUGAGGAGCUGAAGGAGAGACAGGUGCCCAAAGCCAAGCCUGCCUCAGUGGAGGACAAGGUGAAGGACCAGCUGGAGGCGGCCAUCCCAGAGCCCAUCAUCGAGGAAGUGGAUUUGGCAAAUCUGGCACCAAGGAAGCCUGACUGGGAUUUGAAGAGGGACGUUGCAAAGAAGCUGGAGAAGUUGGAGAGGAGGACACAGAAGGCCAUCGCCGAACUAAUUCGGGAGCGUUUGAAAGGCAGUGAAGAGGAGCUGGCAGGAGCAGUGGGGGCUGUUGGGAUGGCACAGGGGGAUUCAGACUGAUCUCAUCACUCACUCACACUGGCCCAUUUCUGUACCGUUUUAUGUUUUUUUAAGCUGGACCAGCUGUUCCCAGAUCAGCUCUGUUGCCACAUCAAAACUAUCCAAAACACCCUAAAUUAGUGUACAAGAAGCAGGGAUCGAUCUAUACCCACGAAUAAAACAAACUGUUCAUGGCAGCUUCAUGACAAGGUGGCCACCAGUCCUUUUGUUUCCUUAGUGGUUCAAAGGAGAAAAACACAGAAGGACAACAUAGCUUCGAUAUUUUUUUCGGAAGCCCUCUGUCUUCGCCAUCUUAGAUUUAACCAUCGUACAUGUAUUUGUUGCGGUAUGUCCAACACUGUUGACACAUCAUGUGAGCUUCACAAUUAUUUCUUUUUUCUAUUUUGUCUGAACAUAAUGUUUCAUGUUUUAUAAAGUGAAAUGGAAUGUAAUUAAAGAGACACUUUGAUACGA